AUGGGAGCGCGGGGGGCGGGGAACGCGGAGUGCCCGCGACCCCCGAGGGGAUCGGGACCAUCGGGACCACCGGGAUCGGGAUCGGGACCACCGGGACCGCCAGAGCCCCGGGGACAGCGGGGACACCGGGACCGGGACCGCCCCAGCCCCGGGGACAGCGGUGACACCGGAACUGGGACUGCCAGAGCCCCGGGGACAGCGGUGACACCGGGACCGGGACCGCUACAGCCUCGGGGACAGCGGUGCCACCGGGACCGGGACCGCUACAGCCUCGGGGACAGCUGUGCCACCGGUGCCCCGGACACCGACGGGAGUCACCGGAACCCGCGGAGUCACCGGGAGCCCCAGAUCCGCUGGUACCCACCGGACUCCCAAACCAACCAGGGAGCGGCAGAGCCCGUGGGACCCCCGGACUGGACCGGGACCCCCAGCCUUGGGGUGACGGGGGGGUCCCCACUGACCCCCACACACCAGCCAGGUGUCCCCAUGCUGCUCCUGGGCCUGCAGAGCUCCUGGCUGCCCUUCCACGGGGGCGUCCUGCCUGUGCCUGUCCCCAGCCGGGACCCCCAGGUGGGCAAUGCGCCCCCCGGGACCCCCCCAUCCCCCGCGCUCUUCGGCGUGGCCCCGUCGGACGCUGCAGGCGAGGACGCGGGGGUGGCGCGGGCGCUGUUCCGGCGGGUGCGGGUGCUGUGCUGGGUGAUGACCGCCCCCCAAAACCUGGAGCCCAAGGCCCGGCACGUGCGGGACACUUGGGCGCGGCACUGCAACGUGGCGCUGUUCGUGAGCUCCGAGCCCGCCCCCCAUUUCCCGGCCGUGGGGCUGGGGGUGCCCGAGGGCCGGGGGCAGCUUUACCAAAAAACCAGCCGCGCCCUGCAGUACGUGCAGCGGCACCACCGCGCCCGCGCCGACUGGUUCCUCAAGGCCGACGACGACACCUUCGUGCUGCUGGACAACCUGCGCUGGCUGCUGGCCGCGCACUCGCCGCAGCGGCCCCUCUACUUCGGGAAGCGCUUCCGGCCCUUCACCCGCCAGGGCUACAUGAGCGGCGGGGCCGGCUACGUGCUGAGCCGGGCAGCGCUGGCCCGCGUGGCCACCGCCCUGGCCCGCGGCACCUGCGGCCGCGGCGGCCCCGAGGAGGACGUGGCGCUGGGACAGUGCCUGGAGCGCCUGGGGGUGGCGGUGGGGGACUCGCGGGACACCUGGGGCCGGGAGACCUUCCACCCCUUCCCGCCCGAGAUCCACCUCACGCACCGCUUCGCCCGGGACUUCUGGUACCAGCGCUACAGCUGGUACCCCGUGGUGGAGGGUCCCCAGUGCUGCUCGGACCUGGCCGUGUCCUUCCACUACGUGUCGGGGGAGGAGAUGCACACGCUGGAGUACCUGAGCCAGCGCCUGCGCCCCUACGGCUACAGCCCCCGCUACCGGCCCGCCCUGGGGCCCCCCGCGCCCCCCAACGCCACCCGCAGCCACCCGGACCCCCGAACACCGAGCGCCCCCGAGCCCGGCCCCUCCCCUGCCCCGACCCCCCUGCCCUGAAGGUGGC